GGGGCUUGGAGGCAUUGAUUGAGGGCAAUGAGCAAUGGCUCAGCCUGUGCUUCGGCCUUGCCCUCUCCUCAGCUUCGGCGGCUACCAGAGUGCCACAACUCUAUCCUUUGGGCUUACCUAUGAACGGGUAUAAAUCACCGCCGAUUCCACCACCAGUACCGGUGUACUUAUACAAGUCUCCACCCGCUCCACCACCGGUAUACGAAUACAAAUCGCCACAUCCUCCGGCGCAUAAGCAUACACUGCCACCGCCUCAUCGUCAUGGAUGCGUUUACAUGACACCUCCUCCCCACCUAUAAUAAGUAUGGAUAUCCUCAACCUCCGUGAAAUCAUCAUCAUCAUCAUCAUAAGCCACAAGUACAUGUCAGCUACAAGUUUUCAAUUCGUAUCGAAAUCAGCAGAAGCUGAUACCGUUCUGCUGAUACCGAUACAGAGUCUACAGACCAAUGUUGGAGAAUCAGAGAUUCAGAGCUGAAGCAGCCAUGGCGAUUGCAGUUCGAACUCUCGGCGGCAGCUCUGCCACAAUCUCACUGGUGAGCUCCAUAACCUCUGUUCUUCAAUCCCUGAAACAUCAGAAUCCCCGCUGCUCAAACCUCAAUCCUUCUCCUCUAUUACAAUUUUCACAACACCUAAACGCUAAUUUGGUAAUCGAAGUAAUCAAAGCCCAAGACGAACCUCAUACUGCUCUGCUGUUCUUCCAGUGGGCCUCCGACCCUAAACCUAACCCUAACAACUACUUCCACACUCAACGCUGUUACUCCGCCAUGGUCGAUCUUUUACUCUCCCAUAGCAUGUACUCUACGGCCUUAUCGAUUCUUCAGUCGUCCAACAAUCUCCGCGAUUUCAUGGUCGGGAAAUUCAUCAAAUCGUAUGGAGACCGCGGUGAUAUCAGAGGUGCAAUCCACUGGUUUGAUCGCGCUAAGACCAUUGAAUCUGGUCGCUGUUUGUUUUCGUACAAUGCAAUUUUGGGAGUCUUGGUGAGAGCGAAUCGCAUGAAUUUAGCCCAAGCUAUCUUCGAUCAGAUUCUGAAAGAGCGUUUGGUGAGACCAGAUGUCUCUACUUAUACGACGAUGAUUAGGGGUUACUGCAAAUUGGGUAUGAUCGAGGACGCAAAGAAAGUGUUUGAUGAAAUGCUCUGCAAACCGAAUUUGAUUACUUAUAAUACGAUUAUCGCGGGGCUCUGUAGGAAAGGGCUUGUGGAGAACGCACAAGAGAUUGUUGAUCAUAUGAUUGCUAAAAAGGAUAGUUCUUGUUUGCCCGACACCGUGACUUUCACGACUUUGAUCGAUGGCUACUGCAAAAAAGGUGAAUUGGAGUUGGCAGAAAAAUGUCUGGAUGAGAUGUCAAAUUGGAACUGCGAGCCGAAUGUCUUGACCUACAAUUCAUUGAUCAAUGGUUUAUGUUUGAUGGGAAAGGUUGAUGAGGCAAAGAGGCAGAUGACUAAAAUGAGAUUAAAUGGAUUGAAGAGUGAUGUUGUUACCCACACAAGUCUAUUGAAAGGACUGUGCAUAGUGGGGAGAUCAGAUGAUGCUGCAGAACAUCUCAAGGAGAUGAUCGAUCUUGGGCUGAAACUUGAUGUGAAGUCGUAUGGAGUGGUUGUCAAUGAGUACUGCAAACACGGGCGAACAGCUGAAGCAAUUGCCCUACUGGAUGAAAUGAAAUUGAGGGGCAUCAAUCCGAGUGUUUGGAGCUUCAAUGAACUUUUCAGGGCCCUCACCAAUGCCGGGGAGUACGAUAGAGCAAUUCUGGUUUUGAAGCAAAUGCCUCAAAUGGGUUGCUCCCCAAACUUCUUAUCUUAUAGCACCGUGAUCUGUAGCCUUUGUGGAGUCAAAGGUAGGAUGAGAGAUGUUGAAGACCUUGUUGUUGACAUGGUUCGUAGAGGUCAUGGCCUUGACUCCUCUAUGUACAGUGAAAUAGUUAAGGGGCACUGUGAGGAUGGUGAUCUAGAGAUGGCUUUGGGCAUGUUCUCUGAGAUGGUGGAGAAGGGAUUCAUUAUCAAUCUUCAGAGCUUUUCAGUGUUUGUGAAGGAGUUGUGUGGGAAAGGUAGGAUAUCUGAUGCCCAGUAUGUGUUCAAGGAAAUGAUCAGGAGAUGCAAAAUACUUGACAUAGCUAGUUACAGAAGUAAACUAAAUGAGUAUGGUUGUAAGCUACCGGCAGCAAUUAAUGGAGGCUAGUUGACUCUGGUUGCCUUUGGUAUAAGCCUCUUUGGAGCGGUCUUGAGGAGUUUUCCAUCCUCCACAGAGUAAGCAUGUUUGGCAAAAAAUCUGUUCUUCCAUGUGAUUCUUGGAUUGUGAGGAUCAAAAGAAGUGCUCUUCAAAAUAAUCAGGAUAGAUAUUUUCUUUCAGCCACAAAUCUAAGGUCAUAUAAGAUAGAACAGCAAAUAUGAUCCUCCAGGAGUCCAGGUUGCUGUAAGUUGACAUUUGGAGGGGCAGCUUGAUGUACACAACUGAAGUGCUGGAGCCAUAGGAAAAUUCAUGUCGAGAUGGUAAAGCUUGUUCAAUUCUGGGGCCUAGUCUGAUCAAUUUCUGUUUCAUAUAGAAGUGGGUAGCAUCUUGAUGUGGUAGCAAACUCAUCUAACUUGGAGCCUUAUUUGAUCAUUCUGAGUGGGGUGUGAUACUGAAUUAUCCUUGGAGAUGAUAAUUUAGAGUUCUGGGAGGUUAUCAGAUGGCAUAUCAACUGGAUUCCCUAUUGUCAAUGCUGGUGAAUCAGUGAAAUUGGUUUGCGUAGGUUAUCAGAGUAAACAUGAGAUCUAAGAGUUCAUUCAAAUUGGUUAACGUAGGUUGUCAGAAUUCACAGGAGAUCGAAGUUACUCGAGAACCAUAUUUUGUGAGGGAAAGUUAAAUCUCUAAAUGAAUUAUGGGACCUAGGUUCCCUGGCAUACCUUCUAAUUUUCCCUCAACUCCUUUCUCCUUUUUAAUGCUCGUAUUGAAUGAAGAAUCAACUUCCACCA